AGGGGGAGGACGAGGGUGUCAUCAGGUUGAUGAGAACUGUGCCCUUUGAGCUGAUCCAGGCAGUUCAGCUCCCGGGGCAGUCGUUGGUGUUCGGUGGGCCGGUGCCAAUGAUCUUCCUGAUGACGACGCAGGGACCGGGUUCGGGAUUGGACAUGUCGAGGAGGCUGUCGGUAGGGGGGGAUUUGGAGAACAACAUGGUGUACUUCGACGGAUGUCACCUGGUGGUGAAGUGGCUGAGGUAUACGGCGACGGUGUACGACCACCAUAAUGGGAAGCUACAAGAGGCGUGGGUGGGUUUCAUCCAGUCGGAGUCGUAUGAGGCGGUGUCGCAGUUGUUCGCGACGUGGAAGGCGAUAGGGUUGCGGGGGUACGAUGGGUCGAAGGGGGGGGAGCCGGUGGAGCAGCACGUGGUGUCCCCGUCGGACACGAUGAUGGACAAUGCGGAGGGGCCGAACCGUGCGAUGAAGGAGCAGUUCGCGGACCAGAGGAAGAUUGGUCGAGCAGUCGAGCACACGUGUUCGCUGCACUUUCACGAAUGCAGGAGGAAGCACGAGCAGAAGUAUCUACCGGUGGAGUGGUGGGGGGCUCACAGGGACAUAGCAGAGGUACUUUUGGGAGCAAAGAACGCGGAUGAAGUGGAGGCAAUUGCGUCGGAAAUGAUGGAGUUCUACAAGAUGAGGUGCAAGACGGAGGGGGACGCACACAGGAUGGAGGGUUGGCUUCAAUACUGGUUGCAAAGGGCAGCGAAGCUCGUCGGCUACAGGGAGGAGGAGUGCCUGUUCGACCCGCCCACCAGGGAAGGGUUCGCGACGAGAAGCAACCUCGCAGAGCCAGGGCACGCGUCUCACCUCGUGGCGCUGGGGGGGAAGAAGAAGCAGAUGGACCUCGCAGCGGCGGUCCUCAUGUCGGGAGCGGCUAUGCUGCUUCAGAUGUCAGACGCACGCGCGAGGAAGGAGGGCCUUAUCGGGAGGGCCGGGGGACCAACGCUGGAGGACAACCAGAGAAGGAAUGAAGGGUGGAGAGAGAGGGUGCAGGAGAUGGGAAAGAGACUGGAGGAGGGUUGGAGUGUGCGAGAAGCGCAAAAACAAUUCGAGGAAAGGGUGGAAGAGGCGGGGUACGUGGCGGAGCCCAUGGGGACAGACAGGAUUCUGUCAAUGACGGUCAAGCGAAAGGCGGGGGAUGUAGGGAAGGGAAAGGGAAAGCUGCAAGAGGACUUGGAGGAAACGCAUCGAGCUGACAAGUUGAGGAGAGAAACGUGGUUGAAGAAGGGACAAAGCUCGAGAGGGGGAGAGGAAGAUGUGGGGGGGUCAGGAUUGGCUACAGUUCUUCGAGCGGACGUAGCGAGCGCCGUAGGGGGGUUGACGGUAGAGGAAAUGCGCUGGCAAGCGGAGGGGCUACAGUGGUACGGAAAGACCAGGGAAACGAAUGAGGCGGACGAGGCGAUGGCGAAAAAACUCAUGGAAGAAUUGUUAGAGGGGGAAAGGUUGGAGAAAGAGGGAAGGAUUGGAGGAGGAGAAGAGAUGGGCCCAGAUGAGCUUGAGGAGAGGAGCGCGGACGAGAUGGACCAGGGUGGAUUGCAUAGAGGAGAAACGCCGGUACGAAAGAAUGGUGGUGCAAGGGAGACACUGUUCGAAGCGGAGGCGCUGUUCAUGGCAUCCAACGCGCCAGAGCGUUUGAGACCGGACGCAAAGAAGUAUGAAACGGAGUGGGGGUUGGCGAGGUUGAAGGGAGACGACAUGGGGUCCUGCUGCGGAGUGUACGUGGAUGAUGGUUGCGGGUACAGAUGCCCGGAGCUGUUGAAUAAGGGGGUGGAGCCGGGAGGUGUGGGAAGGCUAGUGCUGAUGAAGGUGGGGCCGAGGCUAGCGGGCUGUCGCACGGCGGGAGGACAAGAGGAGAAGAUUGGUUAUCCGGCGAGGAUCAAGAAGUGCGCGAGGCGUCGCUGCUGGGGGUUGUGCUACACCGUUUCGAGCACGGUGGCACUGCCGGAUCCGGAUACCCACGUGUUCCCCCUGUUUGAGGGAACGGAGGUGACGGAGGAGGAACGCGUAGCACUAGCGCACGAGGGGAUCGUGUUUUUGGCGGCGCUCCCUCGAGUGAAGGAUCCGGGGUCUAUGUUCCCUCCGAAGCUCCAAGUGUCGCCGUUCUCGCAAAGCGGAGGGCCCCAGGUGUACAGGUGGUUGGGUGCGGCGCCGGCGUCCGGGAAUGGUCCUGCGGACAGGAAAAGUCAAGGCCGAGCGCGCGAGCAACAGAGGCAGGCGAAGAAAGAGAGGGAGGCGCUGGAGCACCGGGGGGCUUUUCUGGUGAAGGGGAAGAAGGUGCGAAACAGGACCGAGAUGACAAAGCAGAUGAGAGAGAGCAGUGUGAAGGGGCAGAUGUACAAAGGGAAGGUGGUGUCGGUGAAGCUGGAGGUGGACGCGACGACGGGUCUAACCGAGCGGACGUUUACGAUCGCUACGGAGGGGUUGGCAGGGUCGGAUACGGGCAUGACGUACGCUGUGCACAUCGGCAAGUUGUGCACCUGCACGUGCCCUGCGUACCGAGACAUGAUGGCGGACACUAGGACGGGUUUCACCUGGUGCAAGCACAUUUACGCGGUUAUGAUCAAGGUAUUAGGGUAUCCCGUCAAUUCGCCUUUGUUGAAAGUAGUGGCUUUCAGCGAACGAGAGAGGCGAGAGGUAGACAGUAAGCAGGCGGACCUAAAGAGGUUGGAAGGGUAG